GUGGUUCAUUUCUAUUCGUUGGAUUGCUUUGACACUUUCUGAUCAACCGUAGCAGAAGCAACAGCCUGUGAUCAAAGUGUUUUGGUUGGAGUUCGGAGCUGGAAGUUGAAAAUUGUCGGAGAAGAGGAGAAGAAAGAUGCACCUAAGCGAGAAUGAAGGGAUUGAGGGGAACACAUUCGUAGUGACUGGGGGUUUGGGCUUUGUGGGUUCAGCUCUCUGCUUAGACCUCCUUCGUCGAGGCGCUCGCCAGGUCCGAGCUUUUGAUUUUCGACUCCAAUCUAACUUCUCUGAAGAUCUUCACAAACGUGGAGUCCAUUUCAUUCAAGGGGAUGUCACCCAAAAAAAAGAUGUUGACAAGGCUCUACGUGGUGCCGAUUGUGUGUUCCAUCUUGCUUCGUUCGGUAUGUCUGGGAAGGAAAUGCUGCAAUUUGGUCGUGUGGAUGCGGUUAAUAUUAAUGGAACCUGCCACAUCUUAGACGCAUGCCUUGAACUUGGAAUUCAAAGGCUUAUCUAUGUCAGCACUUACAACGUUGUAUUUGGUGGAAAGGAAAUCGUCAAUGGCAAUGAGGCCCUACCCUAUUUUCCUAUUGAUGACCAUGUCGAUCCAUAUGGCCGUAGCAAAUCACUCGCCGAGCAGUUGGUUCUCAAGAACAAUGGUCGCCCCUUAAAAAAAAAGACUGGAAAAUGUCUUCACACCUGUGCCAUUCGUCCAGCUGCUAUUUAUGGACCUGGUGAGGAAAGGCACUUUCCAAGGAUAGUAUCCCUGGCAAAGCUUGGCCUGCUUCUAUUUAAAACUGGGGAUCCAAGUGUGAAAUCAGACUGGAUUUAUGUCGAAAAUCUAGUACUCGCUCUAAUAUUGGCAAGCAUGGGGCUUCUGGAUAACAUUCCUGAGAAGGAGAGACGUCUAGUAGCUGCUGGGCAGCCAUAUUUUGUAUCUGACGGGUCUCCUGUCAACACUUUUGAGUUUAUUCGACCACUUCUUCAAAGCCUGGAUUAUGACCUACCAACUGCUUCUUUAUCUGUCCCACAAGCUCUUGGUCUGGGAAAAUUUUUCUGGGGUUUCUAUACAUUGUUAUAUCCAUGGUUGGAUCGAUGGUGGCUUCCUCAACCACUGAUCCUUCCUGCCGAAGUGUACAAGGUUGGUGUCACCCACAACUUCUCCUUUCUUAAAGCCAAGGAGGAACUUGGGUAUGUUCCAGUGGUAACACCUCGUGAGGGCAUGGCUGCGACAAUUUCAUAUUGGCAAGAAAGGAAAAGGAAAACACUUGAUGGACCUACAAUUUAUACUUGGCUGCUCAUUGUGAUUGGAAUGAGCACACUAUUUUGUGCUGCCUAUUUACCAGACAUAGGACCCGUGCCAUUUUUCAGAGCGAUUUGCCUCUUCUUUUUUAGGUCAUUGUGGAUGCUAAGGAUGGGGCUCCAUACAGCUACAUUAUUACAUGUUGGAGAAGCUGUAUAUGCAUGGAAUCUGGCCAAUAGGGUGGACCCUGAUAAUGCAAGAGGAUGGUUUUGGCAGACGUUUGCUCUUGGGAUCUUUUCAUUGCGUUUUCUCCUCAAAAGAGCAAAGAAGCAAUCACGAAGUGGGAUGCAGCAAGAAAAGAACUAAGGAAGAGGCAUUUCGGUCUGCACAACCUCAAGUGCAACUGAUAUGACAUCCUCCUUCCAAGGGAGUGUAUUGUCGAUUUAGCAGCUUCACUGCGAUGAGGUUCUUUAAAUUUUUAUGUCUUUUUUUGGUAAGAAAUACUCUUCAAAUCCAUUCAUAUGCUUGUAUUAAUAACUAGAUAACAGAAUAUAAUUACUAUAUGCUAAAAAGAAAAAACUAAGCAUGUAGGCGAAAAGAAAAUAAUAUAUGCUGUUGUUUUGUAAUGUUCUGUUGGUAUAUAAAUUUCGAACUGAACAAGUCUUGGUUUCUUUCAA